CAACGAUCGCUGCGUUGCCUCGAGUCUAAUAGUCUGUUUAGAAUUCUGUGAUGCUGCAUCUGUAUAUUUGUUUCAAGCCGAGACAUUAAGAAAUCGUGACUGUCCCGACCAUGACGGACUGUUGGCAUGUAUGUAAACCGUCAGAUUAACCGAGUUUCACCUGAUUUGAAACUUCGCACAGCAAAUGGCCUAUGCAGUAUUGUGUGAGUGAGCACUCUGUUUGUGCUGGGGAUUCAGCACCACGAUUGCUUCAGCAGCCAUGUUCUGGGGAUUUAGCACCACGAUUGCUUCAGCAGCCAUACAAAGUGCUCGGCUUUUGUUUGCAUAGGCUGUUACUUAGCAAAAACAAAUCAACAAAACUGUUCAGAGCAUUACAUGACCUAACAACUGAGCUCUCUGACCUGAUAGCUUCAAACUGCUGUGAAAACUUUAUUACAACAUUUCAAGGCUUGCAUUUUUUUUUUUUUUUAAGUUCAUUAACUUUUUUUUUUAUAUCGAAAAUGACGUGUUGUCAGUUGCUUUGUCAGUCUGACAAUUCCACUUUUAGAAGACGUUGGGGGGACGCGAAAGGCUGUAGUCUCCCACUGAGACUAAUUGAACAGCGGGACUUUGAAGACAUCAAAAGAAAAGCGAGAGUAGGGUGGGAAAGGGAUGAUGUGCAAAGGGCAAAAAGCGCCACCACCUACAGGGGGCAGCACUGCGCCAAAACACUGGAUGAACCGACAAAGCUCAGGCGCAGACCAUGCUCCCCCACCAGGCUAAACAAUCCUCAUCCACCAGAGGUGUUUUUAGUAACCCGGCUUCAUAGCAUCCCAGGGUAUGUGGCUAAUGGACGACUGGACACAAGAGAUCCAAGAGACAAAGACAAUAAGUACCCAAGGCCAGGCACAGGUUCCUGGACACUCAGAAAAACCCAGACUAACAGAGACAAAGAGGUAUUUCAGUCGUUUGGUGAUUCUUAUUUAGCUCAAGCAGUUGACGCUGGGAAGAAACUUGUCUCUGAAGCUGGUUCAAUGAAUAAAAAGACUGAUGAUAAAGACCCACCAUCGAAGAGCAACAUCACCCAGGCCCUGUCCAAACAUAACCCCGACUGUGUUGUGUCAAGGAACCGAUGGCUGAGGAAAGCUGGGAAAGAAGAAACCAUGGCAGUAGAAAAGCUGAUAAAAACCCUUUCCAUGAACCGUAGGGCGGUUCCGACGUGUUGCCCUCACUUUCAUGUCACCAGCUUUGACUCGCUUGGGGUGAAGCCUCUGAAGCCAAAGGUUUACGAUUACCAGAUUAACCCGGAGUGGGUGACACAGCCCUGGCACACCCAGUACCGCCAGGACAGGGACUAAACCCUGCCUCCCAGAGCUUACCAACAAUAGCAUCACUAACAGUUUAAUCAACAGAGAGAAAUUAGGGGUUUAAAGCUGUCUGAAGAGGAGUGAUUUGUCUUGUAAAAUCAAUCAAACAAAUACUUUUUUGAUUUUAUUGAAGUUUUAGGAAAAAAGUUACAAAUAUGACCUUGUAUUGUAAUGUCACUGUGUACAUUGCUUUUAUUAGUAUCUCAAGCUUUACUGCUUGCUAACUGUGAAUUUCAUCCUGUGUUCUUGCUUUCUUGGAAAUAUCCCCUUUUAGCCUUGAUCCUUCCCAGGCUGGUAAAUGUUAUAACAUACUCCAGACAGACUGUGGCAUGCUUGCUGGUGAUGCUAGCAGGAGGACUGAUCCACAUUGUUAGGAAGCCUUGAUUUUACAUUCCUGUUCACUUCCAUCAACUUAAAGAACGUCUGGUAAUGGGCAUUGCUGUGACCACACACUCGCCUGCUCCUUCCUUCCUUUUUAACGAGGUGCUGCAGAUUUUGGACACAUGAUUUUGAAAUGAUUUUUGCUUUAAGAUUAAUUCAACUGAUAAACCGUUGAUCAGGUGGCGUAACAGGUCCCUCAAAAUGCUACGUCAGUUUUCUCAGUGGACGGUAUCUAGCCCUGAAUAUGGGUUUAGUUCAGAAACCACUGGGAAGAGAGCCUGAGAUGAUGCCCACACACUAGGUGUGCACAAAUAUUUAGAUUUUCCAAGUAAUUCCCUUUAACAAGUCUACAGGUAUUAAAUGAAACUGACACAAACCUGUGUAAAAUGUUUAUUUUAGCUGCUUUUCCCUCAUUUAUACAGUAACAAUCAAUGGCAAUGAACUUCAGCAUUGAGUGAUUAAAAUGUUUAACUGGAAGUACAUUUUCUUUUCACUCAGGGUGGCGACGUUUUUUGCUGCCCUACCGUGGGUGGACUGAGAAAAAACAUGUGGCAAUACUAUAAAUGCCACUGAUUCGUCACGUACAUGUGACCUUUCCUUAAUCCUACCUUAAGCGCUAAAUCACUCUUACUGAAUAAAUCACAGGUGUUACUGGGAGAUGUGUUUGUUUGUCGAGUUUAAAUUGCAGUCCCACAAUUCACUGCAGAGAUGUUGCACGCAAUAAAUGUGGAGAUAAAAUGUGGUUUUAGUUUGAUUGAUUAUGACAGGUUCGAUAUUAAAUCCCACGCCAAUUGUUAUUGAUUGGUGGUACUCAAUAGUUGUGUAGACAAGAGCAAACAAAGGAAAGGUUUGUUUUCUAUCUUUUAAAUAAGGCAUUCUUAAGCAGGCUUAAAGGGAAUAACUCAGCCAAUCAGAGUAUCUGCACAGCCCUACUAAUACCUUACAGUGCUGAAUGUCUCUGUGAUGGGGUAUGAAGGACUUGGCUACGACGCAGUAUGGAAUGCUCACCUGCUAGAAUCUUACAUUCAAAAGAUUCAAACCCUCACAAUAUUUGUUGUUUAAUCUAUUAAUUAAUGUUAUAUAUAAAAAAUAAACAAAGCAUUUUUGUGCUAAUAUAUAUAUAUAUUUCUAAGUCAAAACUAUGUUUUAAACUCCAGUCAAGUAGAUGAAUGUUUUGAAAAUGUCUUUCCAUGGACUUUCUUAUACAGCAGGUUUCACAAUACUUAACGGUCGCACCCUACGCUUAUUAUACCGUCAUUCAAGGUUUUUUUUUUUUUUUUUUUUAAAGCAUGAAGAAUACUUCAGAUUUCUUAGCAAAUUUUAGACGGUUAUUUUGUAUUUUUUAAUUUUUUAUAAGAGGUUUGCAGUGAGGUGUAUGUGCAUACAAGUAUUCUGUGUUCAGAUACAGUUCUUUCAUGCUACUCUCCCACUGCCACAAGUGCUUUUCUCAAAUGUGAAGCCAACUCCUUUGUCUUGACCAUCAUCUGCUGUGUUGCCAAAACGUUCUUAAACAGAUGUGAGAAAUAAUGACCUUUUUCUGGCUAUUGACUUUAUAAUGCAGAUUAAUUACUGUGUAGUGGUUUUCAAUCA